AUUUUUUUGGGGAUAAACGAAACGAUCGAAUUGAAAAAAAUAAACGAAAAAUAUUAAACAAAAUAGUGCAACCAAAUCUUGACAAAAUUAUAAACCAACAUGUGUUCUAAUCCCAAUACCCGCCUUUUAAUGCGGCUUAUAAUAGACGUUUUACUCUUAACUAGUGUUUAUUGUGUGGCCUUGGUGAUUUUACCACAAAUAAUGAAAACUCAUCAACGUGGUUUCUUUUGCGGCGAUGAAUCCCUUUUGUAUCCUUAUAAACAAGAGACACUGUUAAAACGUCUUCAUAUCACCAUACUGGUAAUUGCUAUACCUGCUGCCUUAGUGUUGUGUAUAGAAAUGUUACGUGUUGCAUUUCCGGCUGAUAAAACAACUUCCACUGCUAGCAGUCUCGUGCCAAAAUCACCUCAACAAUAUGUAUUUGUAGGUGUACGCAUACCCACCUUUGUCAGUGAGUGUUAUAAUACCAUGGGUGUCUACCUGUUUGGCUUGGCUUUAGUGUUAAUAGUUACGAAUUUAUCAAAAGGAUUUACUGGUCGUUUAGCACCCUAUUUCUUUGAAGUGUGUCAGCCUAUUUUGCCAACAAAUGAAACAGCUUGUUUGUCCAAUGAUCAUUUUGGUCGCUAUAUAGAAAAUUAUAGCUGUAGUUCUUUAACCUCUACAGCUCAUCUACUAACCGUUAUGCGUCAAUCAUUUCCCAGUGCUCAUGCUUCCACCACCGCCUAUGCCAUGUUAUUUUUAACCAUAUAUUUACAGGCUCGUUUGCAGACUGGUUGGUUAAAGUUAUGGCGCACGCUCUUGCAGAUUGCCGCCCUUAUGAUUUCUUUGUUAGUUUCAUUUGAACGUUUAAGUUCUUAUCGUCAUCAUUGGACUGAUGUUUUAUUUGGCCUAUUGAUAGGCUAUACCAUGGCCUUGUUUAUGACCAAUUUGGUUUCACAAUUCUUUAAGAAAGUUCCCGUUAAAGUACGUCGUAUACGUGAAGAUGCUUCGAAUAUUUAUGGUUAUUAUACCGUUAUGCCGAGACCAAGAUGUUAUUAAGUUUUUAGUUUA